AUAAAAGCCAUGGUUGUAAAAUUGCUGUUAAUGUUUUUAUAUUUUGUUACCGCGUCUUAUGCUUCAAGAACUCCAACGGAAAUCAAGAAUUGGAUACUUGCUGAAGCAUUGAGCUGCAGUUCGGAGGUUCAACUGUCUGAAAAUGAGCUGCAGAUGCUGGUCUCGCACAAGCUACCAAACAGUAAGAGCUCGAAAUGCUACCUGGCAUGUGUCUACAAGAAAGUCGGAUGGUUGGACGCUAAAGGAAGAUACCAAGCAGAUAAAGUCAAAUCAUUCGUGUCCGAUGAAUAUGCAGGGGAUGCCGCCAAAAUAGAAGCCUCACAAAAACUUUUCGAUACGUGCAAGCCUGCGGACGAUAAGGACGAAGGGCAAGACUGCGAAAGGGCCAACACUAUGACAAAGUGUUUCUUAGAACACGGUCCUAAGAUGGGCUUCAAUUUGGAUACCAUUUGAAUUGUAAAUAAAACAAACUCACAUGAGAUUUUUUUUAUUUAUUUAAC